GUUUGAGCUCCACACUCCAUGUAAUGCGACUGAGGUGAAAAAGGAGCCCUCCCCAUCCCACAAAGAUGCCUUUUUCUUCACAGCCACACUCACCCAGGUCAGUCCUCUUGAGCCCCAACAGUGCUGUGCUCCCUACACCCCAAUGAAGUGUUCACAGAUUUUGAGUAGGUUGUCCCUGGAGCAGGGUCCCCUGGGUCAAGUCUCUUUUGCUUCUUCAUCUGACCCAGGCCUCCAUUCACCUUCCUUCUUAGAGUAGAUGAUAGCAGGCACGGCUGCGAUUCUGACUAGGGCUCUGGUGCUCCUCUCAGCACUCUCGUUGGCCCAGGCAUGGAAAGGCUUCUGGGAUGCCUACAGCCAGAGCACUGGGGACAAAGGCAGGGUGGAGCAGGCCCAGCAGCAGAAGCUGGCACGGGAGCACGUAAGCCCGAAAGACAGUCUUGAGCGAGACCUCAACAAUAUGGACAAGUUCCUGGAAAAGCUAGGUCCUCUGAGUGCGCAGGGGAAGGAGCCUCCCAGGAUUCCAUCCAACCUGGAGGGAAUCCGGCAGCAGCUGCAGGAGAAGCUGGAGAAGGUGAGAGCAUUCCUGGAGCCCUACAUGGCUGAGGUGCACCAGCAUGUAGGCUGGAACCUGGAGGCUCUGCGGCAGAAGCUGAAGCCCUACACCACAGACCUAAUGGAGCAGGUGACCCUGCGGGUACAGGAGCUGCAGGAGCAGUUGCACAUGGUCAGAGAGGAUACCAAGGCCCAGCUGCUGGGGGGUGUGGAUGAGGUGCAGGGCCUGGUUGGGGAACUGCAGAAUCGUGUAGUGCACCACACUGGCCGCACCAAGGCAUUGUUACACCCAUAUGAUCGUCUGGUGACUGGCAUCCAGCACCACGUGCCAGAGCUGCAACACAGCAAGGCCACACAUGCCGCUGCCAGCCCGGCGCGCCUUAGCCGCUGUGUGCACGUGCUUUCACGCAAUCUCACGCUCAAGGCCAAGGCCCUGCACGAAGAACGCAUUUAACAUAACUGGGACCAUCUGCGCGAAGAGCUCAGCGCCUUUGCCCGCGCCAGAGUGAGCAGCAUGGAGGAAGGGACCAACCUGGAUGCCCAGGUGCUGUCCUAGAAGGUGCACCAGCAACUCCAGGCUUUCCGCCACGACACCUUCCAACAGAUCAUUGCCUUCACCUGUGCGAUUGACCAGGAGACGGAGGAGGUCCAGCAGCAGUUGGAGCCACCCCCUACAGGUCACAGCACCUUUGCCCCCGAGUUCCUCAAAGCUGACAGCAGUAAGGCCCGGAGCAAGCUGCAAGCCCGUCUAGAUGACCUAUGGGAAGACAUAAACUACAGCCUUCAUGACCAUGAUCUCCGUCAUCUAGGGGAACCAUGAGGGUCUGUAUGCCGAGGCCCACUUCCCAGCUCCUUAUUUGGAGAGCCCAGGACCUGAGCCCCAAGCAUGGUUCAGUCCUUGCUAGUGGCCUGUUGGACAGAGGGUAGAGGGCCCUGCACAGUGUAGGUGAGGCCACUGAAGGGGCUGUUGUCCCCGCAUGGCUAGCCUUCUGCGACUCCCCAAUCUGAGUGCAUUACACUCACCAGGAUUUGCAAGCCGGCUUCCCGUGCUCAUUUGGAAAGCUUCAUGAAUUACUCCAUUCUGUGAAGGUGGAAUUAGGGAGGAAGAAAGGCACACCAUGAGUGGGUAAUUAUGUGCAACCCUGUGCUUCUUCAUGUCAGGGCUUGACAGUGAUCACUUUUGGCCCCCUGGUGGCCACUACUAGGCGGUCCCCAGAAAGCUGCUCUUUUCUCUCCAGGGCUGCUGUGACAGCUUCUGUUGGGGGAGAAAAGGGAGAAAGGAAGGAAAUGUGAUGAGGAGUGCAUGUGAUUAUGUGUGCGUAUAAUCCUGCAGGCCUGAAGCUGAAGGGUACAAAUGGUAGGAGUUUUAAUGGGAGGGAGCAGAGCCCGUAUUUCUUACACAGCUCUACAUUUAAACAGCCUACCAAAGCCCUCCAAACUGUGGAGGCUUCUUAAACUCUCUGGGGAGCAUACUCUGUGCCCCUCCCUGGCCCCUCCCUCCUGACUCUCAGACUGAAGUCCAGACUUCUGACUCAAAUGAAACAGGGCUUGUAAUAGAAGCUUAUUUGCCUGGUGUGACACUCAUUUGAACCAUAUCUGAAAGCAGUGCCCUUACCACUAUCCCCAAAUCAUGACCAUCAGACACCCCAGUCCCUCACUGUAAUGCCUGCUCACCACUGGAUGGUGUGCAUGAAGUGCUGGCUCCAGAGGUGGCCUCUCCCUUUUGCUCUUGCUGUUCCAGAUUUUGAAUGGUCCCUUUUUAUGACACUGACCCUCUUUUUAGUACUUCCAAACUCUUAAACUCCGCAGUCCCCACAUACAGAUUCACUUAGAAGCAAUGAAGCUCCUUAUGGAUCAUCUGGGAACUCUAAACUGGGGGUGAGAGAGUGGAAAGGGUAAGCACAUCAUCUCCAUCACUCUUCUAAUGUCUUGUCCAGCACCCUUUCCUCCCAGCUCAGUCCAUCCUGCACAGGGUUCUCAGCACCUCCACACUUCCUCAUAACACAGAACCCAUGUGAAUCUGGCUUUAUCAUACCCCCAGGCUGAAUAUCUACCCUGACACUCUACAUUUAGCAACAGAACUGAGAGAGAAGUACCCAGGGAGAGGAGGUGCUGGAAAGGAAAACACUCCCCCCCCCCAAAAAAAAGGUGUUUUUAUUGUUAGGAAGCUGAGAGGUGUGGGUCAGCUGGGAUUAGAGGUGAUGGGGAUGAAGGGGUGUGAGUAAAACUGAGGGUUGUGUACUUGAGGAUGGAAUUUGGGCAGGUGUUUUUGAGGAUAGAAAUAGGGAGUGGGAAAAACAGAAAGGGAGAACAUGAUUGAGAGACUGAAAGACUAGAGUGGAAGCAGAGUCUGGUCCCAAAGUGGAAGAAAGGAAGCCCAGGUGAGAGCGAUGGGCAAACGCAGAGAUACCGAUGGGCAAACGUAGCCUCUUGAUGUCAAGGGUCUUGUAAUCAGACUUAUGGGCAAUACUUGGAACCCUGUGCUUUGGAGAUAUUGCGAAAGAGCAAAGCACUGCCCUGGGUCUGGGAGGACGUCUUCGGGGGAGUGACGCCUGAAUUGAGAUGGAGGCAAAACCUGAAUCCGGCUGUGGAACUUAGGAUCUCUAGAAACUUUGCUCUGUUAAGGGUCCACAGCCUGCGGCCUCUUUAAGGAAGGGGGGGGAGGGGAGUGUAGCAGCAGGCGG